UCUCCCGACUCCAAAUGCCCCAUCUGCCUGGAUAGAUUUGACAACGUUGCCUAUCUAGAUCGCUGCUUGCAUAGGUUCUGCUUCCGCUGUGUCCAAGAAUGGUCAAAAAACAAAGCAGAGUGCCCGCUCUGCAAGCAGCCCUUUUUUUCCAUUUUCCAUACGAUUCGUGCUGAAGAUGACUUUAAGGAGUACAUCCUCAGCCCUUUAGAAACGAGCUCUUUUGCCAGCCCUGAUGGCCGGAGGUUUCGUUAUCGCACCACCUUAACCAGGGAGCGGCGCACGCGCAGCUCCCCUUCCCGAGGGAUGCUGUCCCCUCCAGAUAACGGGAUGUUGUUUGAAGGCUUGUCAGGCGAGCCAACGCGGCACAGGCACAGAGAGAUUCAGCAGAUGAUCAGGAGGCUGGCCUCGAGGAGAAAGGCGAGCGCAGAGGGCAGAUCUCUGCGGCAGAUCCAGGAGGAGGACAUGAUCAACUUCCGCAGGGCUCUGUACCGCACUGGCGUGCGCAUCCGCAGCAUUCAGGACGGCGGCCGGUACCGGGAGAUUUCGGCAGAGUUCUUCC